GUAAGGACCAGUUCUCUGUAUACAAUAUGGAUUAUUAUGAAGAAAAUACAUUUCAAUACCAAUCAAUCCAUGACACUGACCUUCUAUCCCACAGGAAACCGGGUACAUAAACACUGUACAGAAUUUACAAGUACUUCCUGUGUCCCCUGUUCCGACUCCACUUUCCUUGAUGAACCCAAUGGUCUUACGGCAUGCAUACAGUGUACAAACUGUGACCCAGGCUUUGGUUUGAAGGUAAAGCAGCCAUGUAGACCUUCAUCAGACACUGUCUGUGGGACACUGGAGGGGUUCUACUGUCAUACUUUAUGGAAGAAAAUAAGCAUUAUCAAAUAAUUUUUACAGGGCCAAUAUGACAUUACACCGGAUAUGAUUGUGACCUCAACCUGCUUGAUAUGCUUGUCAUGAGCAACGGGGCUGAUGGGUAGGAUUUAGAUUCUCCCAGUCUCUGUUAUGGUUGCUGUAAUGCACCAUAACGUUGGACGCCAACCGCCGAUAAACCCCACUGAAGAAGAAUAAGAAGAAGUUAUGCUAGCCAUCUUGAUAGCAAACCAACAGAGGGACAGAAUGUACAAAUAAUAGAUACUUGCCAACUAUUAAUGUAUCGUCACAACGUAGAGUUCUGACGUCUUUAUCAAGUCGAAAUGGUAGGCCUUUCGUCUGAACAGUAUUAACUCAUUUGUAAGUUGGCUGGUAUAGCUAUAUUUAGGUUUUACAAAAGUGUGAUAUAAAUUGGCUAGCUAGUUGGUGUCCUGACAAAUCAAAUAGUCAAACUAUCAAAUUUGAGAUUAAAUCAGCAAACUUUAUUUAACAAUGCUAGCGAGCUAGCUAGUAACUGACUUUGCAACCACCACCACACCCAUGGCAUGUUGCUGAAGUAAUAAGACGUACGCUAGCGAUCAUGUUGACUCCAAAUGCGUUCAUCUGUGUUUAAUUCAUCCUUCCUUGCCUAGCAGUUGCACCACAGAACAAUUUAUAUUUGGUAGCACUAUCCCUUAAAAUAGUCGGCAUGUAACGUUAUAGCUAGCUACAACAAUCUGGUUUACGUCAUUAGCGAGACAAUAUAUGAGAAGAAAAACAUGCAAUAAGGUUGUGGGGAGCUGAGGAAGUCCUGCAGUACAUUCAUAAGUUUCAGUCUGAUGACUGAGAUAAAACCCCCAAUGAUGAUUACAUGAACGUUUAAUGACGGCCUUAUCGACUUAGCUAAAUACUCAGAGUUACUUUGUGAUUAGUGUGGGCAGCUCCCCUGUAGGGUAGGAAACAUGGUCACUAUUUCUGUGUGGGCAGCUCCCCUGUAGGGUAGGCUACAUGGUCACUAUUUCUGUGUGGGCAGCUCCCCUGUAGGGUAGGCUACAUGGUCACUAUUUCUGUGUGGGCAGCUCCCCUGUAGGGUAGGAAACAUGGUCACUAUUUCUGUGUGGGCAGCUCCCCUGUAGGAUAGGCUACAUGGUCGCUAUUUCUGUGUGGGCAGCUCCCCUGUAGGAUAGGCUACAUGGUCACUAUUUCUGUGUGGGCAGCUCCCCUGUAGGAUAGGCUACAUGGUCACUAUUUCUGUGUAGGCAGCUCCCCUGUAGGAUAGGCUACAUGGUCACUAUUUCUGUUUGGGCAGCUCCCCUGUAGGGUAGGCUACAUGGUCACUAUUUCUGUGUGGGCAGCUCCCCUGUAGGGUAGGCUACAUGGUCACUAUUUCUGUGUGGGCAGCUCCCCUGUAGGAUAGGCUACAUGGUCGCUAUUUCUGUGUGGGCAGCUCCCCUGUAGGAUAGGCUACAUGGUCACUAUUUCUGUGUGGGCAGCUCCCCUGUAGGGUAGGCUACAUGGUCGCUAUUUCUGUGUGGGCAGCUCCCCUGUAGGGUAGGCUACAUGGUCACUAUUUCUGUGUGGGCAGCUCCCCUGUAGGGUAGGAAACAUGGUCGCUAUUUCUGUGUGGGCAGCUCCCCUGUAGGGUAGGCUACAUGGUCGCUAUUUCUGUGUGGGCAGCUCCCCUGUAGGGUAGGGUACAUGGUCGCUAUUUCUGUGUGGGCAGCUCCCCUGUAGGAUAGUCUACAUGGUCACUAUUUCUGUGUGGGCAGCUCCCCUGUAGGGUAGGCUACAUGGUCACUAUUUCUGUGUGGGCAGCUCCCCUGUAGGGUAGGGUACAUGGUCACUAUUUCUGUGUGGGCAGCUCCCCUGUAGGAUAGGCUACAUGGUCGCUAUUUCUGUGUGGGCAGCUCCCCUGUAGGGUAGGCUACAUGGUCACUAUUUCUGUGUGGGCAGCUCCCCUGUAGGGUAGGCUACAUGGUCACUAUUUCUGUGUGGGCAGCUCCCCUGUAGGGUAGGCUACAUGGUCACUAUUUCUGUGUGGGCAGCUCCCCUGUAGGAUAGGCUACAUGGUCGCUAUUUCUGUGUGGGCAGCUCCCCUGUAGGAUAGGCUACAUGGUCACUAUUUCUGUGUGGGCAGCUCCCCUGUAGGGUAGGCUACAUGGUCGCUAUUUCUGUGUGGGCAGCUCCCCUGUAGGGUAGGCUACAUGGUCACUAUUUCUGUGUGGGCAGCUCCCCUGUAGGGUAGGAAACAUGGUCGCUAUUUCUGUGUGGGCAGCUCCCCUGUAGGGUAGGCUACAUGGUCGCUAUUUCUGUGUGGGCAGCUCCCCUGUAGGGUAGGGUACAUGGUCGCUAUUUCUGUGUGGGCAGCUCCCCUGUAGGAUAGUCUACAUGGUCACUAUUUCUGUGUGGGCAGCUCCCCUGUAGGGUAGGCUACAUGGUCACUAUUUCUGUGUGGGCAGCUCCCCUGUAGGGUAGGGUACAUGGUCACUAUUUCUGUGUGGGCAGCUCCCCUGUAGGAUAGGCUACAUGGUCGCUAUUUCUGUGUGGGCAGCUCCCCUGUAGGCUAGGCUACAUGGUCACUAUUUCUGUGUGGGCAGCUCCCCUGUAGGGUAGGCUACAUGGUCACUAUUUCUGUGUGGGCAGCUCCCCUGUAGGGUAGGAAACAUGGUCGCUAUUUCUGUGUGGGCAGCUCCCCUGUAGGGUAGGCUACAUGGUCGCUAUUUCUGUGUGGGCAGCUCCCCUGUAGGGUAGGGUACAUGGUCGCUAUUUCUGUGUGGGCAGCUCCCCUGUAGGAUAGUCUACAUGGUCACUAUUUCUGUGUGGGCAGCUCCCCUGUAGGGUAGGCUACAUGGUCACUAUUUCUGUGUGGGCAGCUCCCCUGUAGGGUAGGGUACAUGGUCACUAUUUCUGUGUGGGCAGCUCCCCUGUAGGGUAGGCUACAUGGUCACUAUUUCUGUGUGGGCAGCUCCCCUGUAGGGUAGGCUACAUGGUCACUAUUUCUGUGUGGGCAGCUCCCCUGUAGGGUAGGGUACAUGGUCACUAUUUCUGUGUGGGCAGCUCCCCUGUAGGGUAGGCUACAUGGUCACUAUUUCUGUGUGGGCAGCUCCCCUGUAGGGUAGGCUACAUGGUCACUAUUUCUGUGUGGGCAGCUCCCCUGUAGGGUAGGCUACAUGGUCACUAUUUCUGUGUGGGCAGCUCCCCUGUAGGGUAGGAAACAUGGUCGCAGAAGUCGAUAGUUUGAUGUUGUCUUAAGUCAGUCUGACAGUCGGCCACCAUCCUGUAGAUUUCCACUUAUUAGGGGAAGGAAGACACAAAGUCAUAAUUCAUGUUUUAAUUAUAAAUUCCUGUCUGUUUGUACUAUUUUUAACUCCUAUGUCGUUUUCAUUUUAUACUUGUAUUUGGAAAGGAUUGUGGUCCAGCAGAAUACAACACUUUUGACGGGCAGUGCUGCCCAAUGUGUGGUAAAGGUAAUGUUCAUUUAUGCAUUUGCUUUUUCAAUGAUGUACAAUUGCAUGUUACCAGUGUUGUGUCGAGCAAACGUUGCUAAUUAUGCUGUGUGACCAAGGAGAACCGCUGACGCUGUAUUUUCAUCAUAAAGGUUUAUUCAUAACAAAGGGUUACAGCAUCGAUUUACAGAUACCUGCAGAUACCUGGAGAAUAAUCGCCCCAUCUCAAAUCUGAUUAUUCUGCUUCUCCUCUGUCCUCACUGUGGUAUAUAUUCUAUGUAAUCUGAUAUGGGUGUUCCCCUACAGACCAAUCCCAGGAGGACACCUAACAGACUUCCUCUGCUUUAGGGUGCCCCUCUAAAACUGCUCCCCAGAUGCUCCCUCUAAGCUGAAUAAACCUCCUCUCAGGUUCCAUUUGAAAACGUUAGCAAAGUCAUAAUUCCUCAGAUACUACACCAGUAAAUAAGGGGCAGGCACAUUUCUACAGGUAGCCUACACGAUCUCUCACACACUACAGUAUUUCAGUAGGCCUCAUGCAGUAAAUGGAAGGCAUUGGCUGUGUCGACGUUACCUGGCAGCAUUCUCUAAUAACUAUUUGCCUAUUUCUGUUUCAUACUUCUCAAUUAUUAUUAUUUUUUACUGAUGCAAUUCAGCAAGAUAUCAUAAUUUUACAAAUUGAAAGGAUUAUAUUUACAUGUACUAAAAUACAUUAAGUCUACAGGUCAGUUCAUCUCCAUACUUCAAAACUCCUAAGAACUUCAUAAAUCCAGUGUGUGGGUCUUCCAGUGAGUUGGAGAGGAUUGAGGAACCAUGGCACAGUUUGAAACCUUGAUAUGGACUGUAAGUGAAACAUUUCUGAUUAGCACAUGUUGUGGCUUGGCAUGUAAAAAAAGAAAAGUGAUCAAUGUAAAUAUGUCCUUUAUGAAAUAUGAAUCAGUUAUUAGCCAACUAGUUUUAGUUAACAUUUGACUGAGAGACGUACAUUUCACUAACAUUUAUUGACUGAAUUUGCAGAUAACAGGUUAUCUUGGGUUUGGUGUCAUCUUUAAAUGUAAUGUAUGCUGAUGCUGAUGUUUUAUUUCUUCUCUAUUUGCAGAUACCUAUCACUUUUAUACUUCUAAACAUUGAACCCUGUUUCACAUAUAUCUAUAAAAUAGGCGAUAGAGAUUGCAGAAUGUGUAGGCCUGGUAAGGACCUUGUGUAUUUUUAUGAGGGGUUAAUUAUAAUAAUAACUAUAAUAAUACCAACAUUUAAUUAUUUUCUGGUUUUCUUUUCAACAGGAUAUCGUGUAUAUAGUCAUUGUACUAAAUCUACAAUCACCUCCUGUGUGCCCUGUAUUGACUCCACAUUCCUUGAUGAGCCCAGUGGGAAAACAACAUGCAACAAAUGUACCACAUGUCAUCCAGGUGAGAAUUAUGUGUUCUGGGCAUAAACACUGAGCUACUUUAAUAUCAGCUGUUGUUUUAAUGAAAUACAACAGGCUUUACAUGUAGCUUCAGAUACCAAGUGACAUGUUUUCUCCAUAGGUUUGGGUUUGAAGGUAAAGCAGCCAUGUAGACCUUCAUCAGACACUGUCUGUGGGACACUGGAGGGGUUCUACUGUCUAGACCCAACUAAGGAUGGUUGUAGAGCAGCCCAGAGACACAGCAGCUGUAAACCUGGUCAAUACAUCAGCCACACAGGUUGGUCUUCAUGCAAAUCUUCCAUUGACAUCAAUGCAUGAUAUAUGCAGUCGUGAGUUAAGCACAUCUCAAGUUAGUACCCUUAAUGAGUUUCACCCUGUGUUGAUUUAGGAACAACAUCUGCAGAUACUGUGUGUGCUGACUGCACUGGUGAUACUUAUUCAGAUGGAUCAUUUACAUCCUGCCAGCCAUACACACAGUAAGUGUGGCUCAUGCAAAUGGUUAUUUCCUUCAAAAUAUAAACGAAAAACUGCAAUACGCUAACAGUUUUCAUAAUGUAAAACAAAGUUAGAUUAUCAAAUUGUCGAUUACCAAUGGUCCGUUUCUCUUAUUAUAGAUGUGAUACCUUGAAGCUUCAGCAAAUUAAACCUGGAACUCAUUCAUCCAACUCUGAAUGUGGACCGCAGACCUCCCUUCCCAUAGCUGCAAUAAUAUCUCCUGUUGUGGUGGUGGUACUAGCUGUGAUAGCAGCAGUGACUGGAGUAACUAUAAGAAGAAAAUAUCUAUCU